UAGAUGACAGCUAGCUGUCAGAAAGUGAGUUCACCCUGAGUCGAGUGGAAGGAGCGUAGUCGAUAGUUUUUUUUAUUUUUCUUUUCUUUUGCGCCUCCAAUAAUAUCUAAGUAUAUCGACUCGGCAACAACGGAUCAACCUCCCCACCGAGCCCGGCCAUGGAUGAACAGGCAGGGCCCGGCGUGUUCUUCAACAACAAUAACAACUCUGUUUUAGCCGGCGGUGGGAAAGGACCGAUGCCCGAUGGCGACGGAGGGGAGGCGGCCAGGGCGCAGUACAGCAUCCCGGGGAUCUUGCACUUCCUGCAGCACGAAUGGGCCCGAUUCGAAGUAGAGAGAGCACAAUGGGAGGUGGAGCGGGCCGAGUUGCAGGCCCAGAUCGCCUUCCUGCAGGGGGAGAGGAAAGGCCAGGAGAACUUAAAGAAGGACCUCGUCCGGAGGAUUAAAAUGCUGGAGUACGCGCUGAAGCAAGAAAGGGCAAAAUACCACAAGUUGAAAUACGGGACAGAGCUAAAUCAGGGCGACAUGAAACCUCCAAGCUACGGCUCUGACGAGGCCAACGAGAACGACUCCUCUGGAUCCCUCAACAAUCAGCUGUCUUGGAAACAUGGCCGACAGCUCCUCAGGCAGUACCUGCAGGAGGUUGGCUACACUGACACCAUCUUGGAUGUUAAGUCACAGAGAGUCCGAGCGCUCCUGGGACUUGCCGGGGACGGAGCCGGGAAGACCGGCGAACGGAUGAACACGGAGCCCUCAGUGAACGGGCCCAACUCGACACCAAAGGGCAUGGGGACCAGGGGAAAAGUGGAGCUCUCCGAUACGAACGCUGUGCUGGAGGCCUUCAAAUUCAUCGAGAACGCAGCUGCAGAGUUCAGCGACGAAGACGAGGAGGAGGAUAACGAUGGGAAAGACCGGACUAAUGUGGAGUCCAGGACUAUUGUGCGGAAGAAGCACUCUUCGUCGUCUUCAUCGUCAUCUCCGGCCAGUAUGGACACCACCGAGGACCCGGACACAGAGGAAGCCCUGAAGGGCUUCGACUUCCUGUCAAAUCCAGACGAUAUGGAGACAGAGUCCAGAGGGACCGGAGACGGCACAGACUGGGAAAAGGACGAGCAGGGUCCCGUUUCUGAGGCCUGGGACGUGGACCCGGGCCUGAUAACCAAACUCAAGGAGCAGUACAAAAAGGAGCGCAAGGGGAAAAAGGGGGUGAAGAGGCCCAACCGGUCAAAGCUACAAGACAUGUUGGCUAACCUGAGAGACGGGGAGGACCUGUCUCACACACAGCCUCCAUCGACCCCGCAGUCCCGGCCCAAUGCGGCCCGCUUCAAUGAACACGAGGGAAACAGAACGGAUGAAGUUGAAUCGCUCACUUUCCCUCCCUCACCAGGGAAGACGUUCAUCAUGGGGACAGAAGAGGGCAUGGAGAACGUUCUGGGUCUGGGGGAGCUGGCGGGACUGACCGUGGCCAACGAGGCCGACAGCAUGGCCUAUGAUAUUGGCAACAAUAAGGACGCCAUGAGAAAAACAUGGAACCCUAAAUUCACCCUGCGGAGUCAUUUUGACGGGAUUCGUGCUCUGACCUUUCACCCUGUGGAGCCUGUCCUGAUCACUGCCUCCGAGGACCACACGCUCAAGAUGUGGAACCUCCAAAAGACUGCCCCUGCCAAAAAGAGUACAUCUUUAGACGUGGAGCCCAUCUACACUUUUAGAGCCCACAGAGGCGCUGUCCUGAGUGUGGUGAUGAGCAGCACAGGAGAGCAGUGUUUCAGCGGAGGGGUCGACGGCACCAUCCAGUGCUGGAACACGCCCAACCCAAACAUCGAUCCCUACGACUCCUACGACCCAUCAGUGCUGCGUGGGGAGCUGAGCGGACAUACGGACUCUGUGUGGGGCUUGGUGUACAGCAGCGCACACCAGCGCCUCCUCUCCUGCUCUGCAGAUGGGACGGUCAGACUGUGGGACGCCAACACCACCUCCCCUUCACUUGCAGUAUUUAAUGAAAACAAAAAGUUGGGAGUUCCCUCCUCUGUAGACCUGGUGUGCAGUGAACCAGCUCAUCUCGUCACAUCCUUCACAAACGGCCAGAUCGGCCUUUUCAACAUGGAGACCCGGCAGCUGGUCCUCAGUAUGGAAUCUAAUUUGGAGCCAGGCACUCCCUGUCACAUUAACAAGGUCCUCAGUCACCCGACUCUUCCGAUCACCAUCACGGCGCAGGAGGACAGACACAUCAAGUUCUUUGACAAUAACAGUGGGAAGCUGAUCCACUCCAUGGUGGCCCACCUGGAUGCCGUCACCAGCUUAGCUGUGGAUCCAAACGGACUCUAUCUCAUGUCAGGCAGUCACGACUGCUCCAUCCGCCUGUGGAACCUGGAGAGUAAAACCUGCAUCCAAGAAUUCACGGCUCACAGAAAGAAGUUUGAGGAGUCGAUCCACGACGUUGCGUUUCACCCGUCUAAAUGCUACAUCGCCAGCGCCGGGGCGGACGCUCUAGCCAAGGUGUUCGUAUGACACGCAGAAACGCGUCCCCCCUCCCCCACAGCCACGCUCUGUGACCCAGCCUCCAGCGAUCAGGGACCAAUAGACACAAAGCAGGGGAAGGACCGUCAGGCAGGGGGUCCAGUCCCACCUCAAACUACCCGCUGGUCUCCUGUUGGAUUCGCAGACCAUGUAGCCAAUAGCCUCAAAUAGGUUGGAAGGAGGAGAAACUGCUCACUGGUCCCAACCAUCUUCCCUGCUCACCAUCCAGGCAGGCCUGGUUGUGACUGGCCACAGCGCCCCCUGCAGACAGACUCAAACUUCCCCUCCACAGAAAGGAGUGAGGCUCAGGACCGGUGGUGGCAGCGAGAAGCGGAGAUGUGAGGUCCCAUCACGCCCCCUCUUCCUUCUCCUCACGUGGCUCCAUGCUCAUCCCCGAUCCUCCUCAGAUAAACCAAGUUUUCCUCCAGGUCAAGUUUCGUGUUGCGUUUAAGAACCGCGGGGUGCCAAAGGCUCAACCGGAGCUGACGCAGAAGCCUCCCAGCUCCUCUCCUCAGCGUCCCACACUGACUCUGCUUGCUUGACCUGCCUUUAUUUUCCUUUUUAAAAACCUAUAUUGACGAAUGUGCCUUUGCUUUAAAAAGGUCUUUAAAAAUGUUCUUUUAACACGCUUGUUUAUUUGGGAAGGGGGGUUGAAAAAAAAAUGGGAAGGGAGGGGGAUGCUGGUUGUCACAAUGUUGUCGGUUUUAACAUUGGAUGUAAAAUUACAAAUGCUUAUAAUAAACAAAAAUAUAUAUUCAGUCUUAAAUUUACAGUGCAGCGUGAGUUUGAGUUUUUGGUAAGUGUGGUUGGGAUGUCAUUUCUGUGUGUAUUGAGACAAAGCUGGUAGAGCGAUAACGACCAUUUAACACGUUGCCUGUUUUUAGUUUCAAGCAACUGAACACUUCAGAUUACAAGCAUAAUGUGUCCAAAGUGAACCAUCUUGGUUAUAUAAUUAAAACUAAACAGACUGGAUUCUAGAUGUCGACCUUUAGGAUUAUCUAACACAUUUUGGCCAGUUUGCUCUUGUUUGAACUGAAUGCUGUGUACUGUAUAUAUUUUUUUUUCUUCCCCCUCCUCUCAGCUGUGUGGACAUGCUUGACCACAAUGUGAUGUAUAAUGUCCAGAUAUUUACAGUAGUCCAGUGUUUAGCAGGAAAUUAGUGCAGUACUUUAGGACUAUUUGAAACGAUGAUUUAACCAAGAGAAAUGUCCUGCAGUUCCAGUUUACUGUAAAUCUGUGAGAUUUGAAAGAAAACAAAGAUAAAAAAAAAAAAAAAGGCAAACGGGAUGUUGUACGAGGAGAGUACAGCUUUACAUGAGCCAUUUUCUCAGUCACUGGUUUGUAUAUGAGAGUAUGUUCGAAAUAAAACCUGCUGUAAAAUGUUA